CUGGGAACUACGAAGAUACAAAGCUCAAAAAAAGGCUGCCGCCCCUCAACAAAUCCAACUCUGCCCAGUUGGCCAAGUUGCCAGUUCCCAGUUGCCAGUUGCCAAGUUGUCGGUGAGAAAAUACUUCGUACAUCCACUACUUGGAAAUAUUCUGCCGCAAUUUUCGGUACUACGAUGGGACAAGAAUGGACUUGUGACUAUGAAAGUAACCGUGACCGAAAAUACAACCAUACCUCGACUUCUGUCACAAGUGUCUAACCUGGUAGGUAGUAUAAAUCUAUCACUUGACUCUUGACCCUUCUUUACCAGCCUGCUACGACUACUUUCGGUCCCUCCUCGCGACGGGUUCGCCGUUGCUCCCGUACAGCAUGUCCUUCUCUUCGAUCCUAAGCUACUUUCUCGGGGGCUAUUUCGCCCUCGUUAUCUCGCUAUUUAUGCUUUCACCCGUCGUUCCCGUAGCAGGCUUUGCCGCCCGCACGUUGUCCGCCUAUGUCUCGUUAUUAGUAUGCGCCACCUACGGAGUACUUGCUUCAAUAUCCCUUCGAAUAGUCGGUCGCGAACAGAUUGCGCAGUGGACAACAGCGCGUGCUUUCAAAUAUAUCAUGGCUAUUACGAUAGGAAUCACGUUCGAAGUUGACGAUCCGAAGCGACAUCUCGAUACGGUUCGACCAGCCGUAUUCAUCGGAAAUCACCAGAGCGAACUAGAUGUCCUUAUGCUCGGGUGCAUAUUCCCAAAAUACUGCAGUGUAACUGCCAAGAAAGCAUUGAAAUAUGUGCCGUUCCUGGGGUGGUUCAUGGCAUUGAGCGGCACAAUCUUCAUUGAUAGGAAAAACUCGAAGGACGCGAGGCAGGCCAUGGCUGGUGCUGCUAGGGAAAUCCAGACUCGAAAACAGAGCGUAUACAUAUUCCCCGAGGGCACCCGUAGUUACGCAAAGGACCCCGGUCUUUUACCCUUCAAGAAAGGUGCUUUCCACCUUGCUGUCCAGGCCGGCGUACCUAUCGUCCCCGUAGUAGCGGCCAACUACUCGCACGUGCUCUACAUCAAGAGUUAUAUAUUCAGAUCCGGAAAGAUUCCCGUGAAAGUUCUCGAUCCAAUUCCUACAACUGGAUUGAAACCCGAGGAUGUUGACGAGUUAACUCGUAGCACCCGGGAGCUCAUGUUAAAGGAGAUAGUAGCGUUGACUCAGAAGGUUCAAAACAGACCCAUCGCCGUACCUGCUACGAGCGGCGAUGGUGUCGUGCAUGCUAGUGGAGCUGACGCUACGCUGUCAUAAGAGUAAACAAAAUCGUAUUAAAGCUCUACGGCACUGCAUGCAUGUUGUUUACAUGCACGGCCCACUAGUAUAGCCUACUGCUCUCUGCUUCAUUUGCAUUGCUAUAGCUAUUACUAGGUGCCUGUUAUAGUUGGUGGCAUCACUCGGAGUACGGAGAGUGCAUACGCAUUGAUACCCCUAUAGAUUAUCCAUAUAGGCGCAUAAUGGAUGCACAACUGGAGACGAUGGUCUUUAGAAGACGCUAGGAGGCGUCGAUAGUGUUACCUGGUAAUACUCAUUAUAAGGCUUAUAUUUAUAAACUCUACAUUUAGACUGAAUCGGAUCUUGAAGUCCGAGGAAGAGUAGCGACUUAGGGUAUAAUUAUAGUAUACGGCAGAGCUAUCUUCUACCGAAUAAGUAUUCAAAUAUCAACAAGUUCCAAGAAAUAGAGACUAGAGAACGACUUACCUUGAUACCUCGGCAUCUGUUUGCUUUAAUAUAAACACCUGUCACCCUAUCAGUGAUUAUUUAUCGGGAUGGAUGAGUGCUCGGCUACCUUAGGUAGGUACCUAGGUUAGUAUGUUGCCAAUGCCGACAUGUACGCUCUCCUAUGCUUCGUGAGUGGGUAGUUUAUAAAUACGGAGGCUGUCAACUUAUGUGCCUCUACCCCUAGUAUUUAGCUUCAUCUAUACCCGCUACCUACCGAUCG